AUGGCCGACCCGUCAUUGCAGCAGCAACAGCAGCAGCAACAACCACCCCCGCCUGCAUCAUCGCAGCCAUCACAACCACAGACACAGUUGCUGUCACAAGAACCGCCGUCAUCGUCAACAGCAACGACAGCUACAGCAGCAGCAACCACAGCAGCAGAAGAGCCUGCAGCAUCAGGGGCAACAACAACAUCAACGACAGAAGCAGCGCCCGCCGUCGCAGACGACCCCGAUCCCAUAGGUGGUGAUGACAUCGAUGCCUCUGUCGAGAACGAAAUCAGCAUGACUGCGGGCGAGAAUGCCGCUGGCGCUGGCCAGAAUGGAACAACUGCCACUGCUACAGCUACUGCCAACGAGUCGCCCGGCAAUCCAGGUGCGACAAUAGCGCCAGGGAUUCCUGGGGCGGUCGGUGCUGGAAUCCCUGUGCCGCCACCUACGAAGAAGGAGAGCAGCUUGCGCGAGUUUCUGGGGAAGAUGGAUGAAUAUGCGCCGAUUAUCCCCGACGCCGUGACAGCGCAUUAUCUGACCGUUGCCGGUCUUCCACCGCCAGGAAACGGGCCGAACCAGACGCCGCCUCAUCUCGCGCGACUCCUGGCGCUGGCGACGCAGAAGUUCAUCGCCGACAUCGCGGCGGACGCCUACCAGUACUCGCGGAUCCGCGCGUCGAACAGCGCGAGCGCCAACAACCCCAUGGGCGGGCUGAACGCUGCCGCGGGACUGAACAUGCCGAGCUCAAGCAAUCUCGCCGGUGGUGGUGCUGGUGGUGCAGCCGGAGGUGCAGCAGCGGGCGGAGCUGGCGGCGACACCACGGGCAAGGGCAAGAGUGGCAUGUCGAACACGCAUCUGGGCAUCCAGCGACCGGGGUUCGGCGGCGGUGGACAAGGAGGUUCCGGACAGGGACGCACCGUCCUGACAAUGGAAGACCUGGGCAUGGCCGUCGCCGAGUACGGUGUCAGCGUCAAGAGGGGAGAAUUCUAUCGCUAG